CGAGCGCGCGUGGCCGCGUCUCCCGCCAAAUCGCCAUGCACCCUCUCUCUCUCUCUCCUCUCCUCGUCUUCUUCAUCCUCCUCCCUCCCAAACUUGACAAACGCGCGUAGAUCUCCCCCAUUAGGCUCGUGUCGUGUGUCCGCCAGCUGCGCGCAGGCCGGCGACGAAGCUGCGUGCGCGCGGCAACGUCGGCCGGCCGCAGCAAUGGCCCCGUUCAUCGACCUCGGCCGCGGCGGGCCGACGGCGGCGCCGGGGAAGCCGAGGCUGGUGAUGAUCAUCGCCGACCCGGGGCGCGAGUCGACGGCGGCGAUGGAGUGGGCGCUCUCGCACGCCGUCGCCGAGGGGGACGCCAUCCUGCUCCUCCACAUCAACAUGCCCCCCAACUCCGCGGGCGGCGCCGGGCCGUCGCGCACCGGCUCCGGCGGGAGCGCCGGGUCCCCGCUCACGGCGCUCCUCGGCGCCGGCGCCGCGGGGGACGCCGAUUUCAUGGAGACGAUGAGCGCCGCGUGCAAGGCGCGGCACCCGCGCGCCCGCGUCCGCGCCCUGCGCGUCGAGCCCGCCACCGAGGGCCGCGAGGCCAAGGCCCAGACCAUCCUCGCCGAGUCCCAGCGCCGCGGCGUCGAGCUCCUCGUCAUCGGCCACCGCCGCGUCUCCUCCUUCCUCGGGUUGAGGAGCCCGAGCGGGUCGAGCCGAGCGCACGACAGCACGGCGGAGUUCUUGAUCGAACACAGCAAGUGCGUGUGCGUGAGUGUGCAGAAGAAGGGGCAGAACGCCGGCUACCUGCUCAACACCAAGACGCACAAGAACUUUUGGCUCCUCGCUUGAUCAUGAUCAUCACGGCCUAGAUAGUGAUCCACACAUCCAUGCAGCUUCAUAUAUGUUAAUGGAUCGAACAAAAGCUCCAAAAACUUUUUUUUUUGAUUCUUCUCGCAGCAAUGCUUGUGUCAGACACGAUCGAUCAAUCGAGUUAAUUCUUCAUUAAUGCAGAAACAACGAAUCGAGAAAAGCAAAAUAAAGUGUUGUUUUGUUUUUUAAUCGAGAUAACCCAAUCUUGUAUAUUUGGGAUCGAUCGAGGGGUCAAGUAUAUAAACAUCACGCGUGUUUGCUGUGUGCAUAUGCAGGUAGCAAGAGUUUUUGUUUUAUGGAGAUCAUGCUCACGGAUGGUUUUCUUAAUAUCAAUUCAUUUUGAUUUUUGAUCA